CAAAGCUGCACUGAACGGAAAAUGUUCUAUUGGCUUAGAAGAGAAAGUGUAUGUAGCUUAGCUGCAUGCUAACUGCAGCUUUACAGUAGGACGCGUUGCAUAAUGUAGCCGUCUGAAGGAAGACACUAUUGAUAUCGAGAUUUCUUCAAGAAAACUAUCAGUAAAGAAGUGGAUAGGACCGUUCUUACUCUUACUCGGUUAGCUGAAGAGUUAGCUUACCUAGCUAGCAGGCUAGCCAUUGAGAGACCCACCACCCAAAGAAUCCGAUUAAAGCCAUUGUAAUAAGUGAUCGGAUAUCCAGAGUCAUAAACGCGCAUAAAUCUACUCUCAGCGUGUGAACGAAGUGACAGUAAUCGUGACCGUGGCAAGGAAACUCUGAGGCUUAGUACAGAGUGGAGACGAGCACGGCUGAACAACAUCGGCAGGGCUGAUCUAACAGAGGCUAAAACCAAAACAGCUCGUGUUUGCAGUAAUCAUUUUAUCUCAGGAGCGCCAGCAAAAUUACACGAUAGAAACAAUCCAGGAUGGGCACCCACUCAGAAAAUUGGCUACGUUUCAUCCAAGAUCUCACCAAUUCCAGCCUGUCUGCCUCACAGCGGCGUUCUGAAAGGAACAUCACCGAAACGAGCAAUAAUGUGUUAACCUGUUGGACCUAUUUCCUCUUUCACUGGAUAACUCCUACUCUUUGGAGUACACACGCACGCACGCACACAAAACUGUAAGCAUGGCUCAGGUUGCACGCUUGAGAUUGCAACCUUCGCGGGCUCUUAUGUAACACAUGCCGGCAUCAGCCUUGGAACAAACGGCACGCAAGGAAACCCCAAAAGUGUCCCAGUGGGAAGCUGGGCUUUGUAUAUUUGGGCUUUAUACUUUUUCAUCUCCUCAUAUCAACAUUUUGGGGUCAUCUACAGCUUUGUUGUUUUCAUUUUAGUCAUUCCACUGAUCUGAAUGAACACUUUGGAGUUUCUGCAGUGUGCUCUGUUUUAGGAUUUCGUGUGAGUGCUUGAGGUGUGUGGUUUUUUUUUUUUUUUUUUUAGGUAACACCUUGCCUCGGAGAAUCUUUGUACUUUAUUUCCUAUUGUAGAUGCUUAUGUUCUUGUCACUAGAUGUAGGCAGAAGCGUGGCUCACUUUUUUUGCCUCCAUCCUGCAGAUCGGUUGUGAGGACUCCAGCUAGACUGGUCCAUCACUGCCUUUAGCCUCGAAGCAGAAUGCUUCGACUUGGUACAGAGAGACUCAAGAAUAGCAAAGUGCAAUAUCCCACAUGUUGAGCGAAAUCAAAAGAGACAUUUCUAUGUUUCCUGAGCUGGCAGAAAGAGCUACAGCUGGAAGCAGUUUCUGUGCCAUCCUCCCAAUACUCUCUACAUCUCUGUAAAAAGCAAAACCGCGGACACUAAAUCUGUCACUGCCCUGCUGUUUUGCUUUAUCACCUAAUUUUACCUCCUUUUUCGGUUUUGAUUUACUCCUUUCACCAGGCUGAUUUCGGUUGUAAACCAAGACUGAGAUUUUGAAAGCUUUUAUCAAUACUCAAAGCCCAAACUACAUUAUUUAAAACAGUGCAAAACUUGCAUUAACUACAAACUCCAUGUCAUAAACCUUAAGUUUAAUCCUCUACCUCUUAAGUCGUAAAACCAAAAGUUUUCAAUAGCGUCACUCAUUUAUGGUUAUUAAAGUUCAGCCACACAGAACACUAGUUGAAGAUUUUUAAGUGCUUUUUCUUUUAUUUUUCUGUUGCUUUUACCAAAAACUGUUAGCCAUAUAUGUUUUGUUAUUGGAUUGCUUUCUUUAGUUGUCGCUGUUUUAAGUUGAAAGUUAUUUUACAAAUGACCAAACUAGCUUUUAGAUUUUAAAACUGUAAUAAUUUGCAAAGAAGCCAAGAAAUCUAUUGAACUUAUUUCAGAUAAGCCAUUCUUAAAAGCUUUUUUUUUUUCUUUUUUCUCCCUCCUUUUUUUCCCCCUCCAUGCUGGGUCAGGACGCACUUUAUGGCGGCGUCUAUUCAAGUCUGAGUGCUUUAGUUGAGUGCAGAAAGCCUGAUUCGUGCCCUUUUUAUUUUUUUCAUUGUUCAAUUCAUUUGACUCUCUCAGCUAUAACUAUGCAGACAAUCUGUCAUUUCUUUAUCUUUAGUCGAGGGGGAGAAGAACUGCUACUCCUCCCAUAGUCCAUCUCAUUUUACACACAUAUACACACACACCUACCUACCUUCAAAAGGGUGGUUUCUCAGUGACGGCCCCUCCUGGUGCACCCUGGGUAAUGCCGAGUAGCAGUAAGAGUGGGGGUUUGUCUGACCCCGCUUCCCCUCCCCACCCAACCGUUCCAUCCCGCCCCCUUCGUCCCAGUCGCUACGUUCCAGUGUCUGCAGCGACAGCCUUCCUGGUGGGAGCAACUACACUCUUCUUCUGCUUCACGUGCCCAUGGCUUUCGGAGAAUUUUUCGGUCGCCAUACCGAUAUAUAAUGGCAUCAUCUUCCUUUUUGUGUUGGCCAACUUCUGUAUGGCCACCUUUAUGGACCCAGGCAUCUUCCCAAGAGCCGAGGAAGAUGAGGAUAAAGAGGACGAUUUCCGAGCACCGCUUUAUAAGACGGUGGAGAUUCGGGGCAUACAGGUGCGCAUGAAAUGGUGUUCAACGUGCCGGUUCUACAGACCACCUCGCUGCUCGCAUUGCUCAGUGUGUGACAACUGUGUGGAGGAUUUUGAUCACCACUGUCCGUGGGUGAACAACUGUAUAGGCAGGAGGAACUACCGCUACUUCUUCCUCUUCCUGCUCUCUCUCACAACUCACAUCAUGGGCGUCUUCGGCUUUGGGCUGCUCUUCAUCCUGUACCAUACACAGCAGCUUGACCGAGUGCACUCAGCUGUCACUAUGGGCGUUAUGUGUGUAGCUGGACUUUUCUUCAUCCCAGUAGCAGGCCUUACUGGUUUCCACAUUGUACUGGUAGCAAGAGGCAGAACCACUAAUGAGCAGGUCACAGGAAAGUUCAGAGGAGGUGUGAACCCCUUCACUAAUGGCUGUUGGAGAAAUGUGACGCGUGUCCUCUGCAGCUCCCAGGCACCCAGGUAUGUGGGCAGGAAGAGGAAGGCACAGACUGUGUCGGUUCAGCCCCCGUUCUUGAGGCCGCAACUUUCCGAGGCACAGCUGGCAGCCAAGGUCCUUGAUAAUGGUAUCCAUGGAGAUCUACACCGGUCCAAGAGUAAUUUAGAGAUGAUGGAGAGUCAGUCUGCUGAUGCUGAACCACCUCCUCCUCCUAAACCAGAGCUUAGAUAUCCUGGCCUUUCAAGAGGACCUGCUGAAGAGAGCAGCCUGUUAAAUAAAGCUCCACCAACUCCCACCAUGUACAAAUACCGACCUACAUACAGCAGCCCAGGGAAGAACCACACCGCUCUGACACAUGCCUAUGCUAACCAGAUGAGUCGUGGGGACAGUCUGAAGGAGUCCUCCUCCUCUCUCCUCCAGUCCAGUCAGCAGCCGGGUUUCCGCUCUGAGCCCAGUCUGGAUGGCCGUGAUGGAGGAGGAGGAGAGCGUGGGGGUGCUGAGCGACCCUCCGGAGGCCAAGGGGCACUGCCAGCCCCUGGAAUCUCCGCAUAUUCCUUUGGGGGGCGCUCUUACCCCUCCUUCUCCGACCCCACUGUGCUCUCCGGAGGCGCUUCUCGUUCCUCCAGCGUGCGCUCCACGUCCCACAAUGCACCACCCUCUGAAGCCUCCAGCUACAAGAGCUCAGCCAAUCAAACACCUCCACCCCGCAAUGGCAGCUUGUCCUACGACAGCCUUCUUACGCCCUCUGAAAGCCAGAAUUUUGAAUCCACAUCCCCCAACACACCGCUUGGCUACACCUCGCCAUUUCUGUCUGCACAGAUUGCCCAGCAGCGAGAGGAGGAGCUUCAUCAGCCCUCCUCCUCCAGCUCCGCCCUGCUUGCUUCACCGCACCGUGGCACUGCCUACCUGCGUGGCUCCGCCUCUCCUCCACCGCUACCUGACCGAGAACGUGAAAGGCUGCUUCAUGAUGCGCAGCCUCGCCAGCACCAUCACCACCAUCACCAUCACCACCAACAUCGGCCACCGCGCUUUUCCCGCCCUCCUCUCUUGUCUGAUUCAGGCCUGCCAAGGCCCACUAACCCGUACCGCACACGCUCCACAGAUGCUCCACUCCCCCCCUCCACCCACCCACCACGUGCAGGUCACCCGCCUUUAGGCAAAUCUCUGUCUUACUCGAGUGCCGCAGCUGCUGAAAUGCAGUACCGCCUUGUGCGUAAAGCCUCCGCCUCCACUACGGCUGGGGCAGGGGGCAUCCAGGCGCCCAAGGACGAGAUUCAGAUGAAAUCUUAUAGUCGGACAAAUGGGCAGCCUAAAUCACCUCUUCCACAGUCUCCUCCUUUGAACCCCUCUUCCCACUCUCAUCCAGUCAGUGUGUCCACACGACCAGGACAUGCCUGUUCUAGUGUUGGCUCUUCACAGAGCCCCGUCAACAAGCCUGGAGGUGGGGUGAAGAAGGUGACGGGUGUCGGAGGAACCACUUAUGAAAUAUCAGUUUGAGUGAUGGGCAGCAGUUUGACCAGUCCUGUGUCAACAGCUGAGCCAUGGACCUGCCUCCUCUGCUCGUUCAGUCAGAGUAGAGAUUCACUACACUGUUGGAAAUGUGUUGCACACAACAGACGUUUAUGACGAAAGAUGGAGUGAAUAAAGGACUUCAGACCUGCGCUUUACUUUUAUACAUGGGGAAAGAUUGCGAAAGCUGACCUGUUAAUGUCUGGUCAGAUAAGACAUUGUGGAGGAGGAGGGGGAGGAGAGGUUGCGUGUACAAUUCCUGGACUUCCUGACCUGCCAUUAACGAGGAGGUGCGACACUCGAGUUUGGCAGAUGACCGGACUGCCUUGAAAAAUCAAAUUCUGAAAAAGAUUGCUUUGUCAGCUGUGUAAAUCGUAAAUUGUGUGUCAUGUAUAAAGGAAAAAAAAAAAACGGUUAAACUUUUCCCAGGGGUUUUCUCCAAAUGGUUGGACUUAAAUCAGCAACUUUACAGGAUAUUCUUGCUGUUUUGGACCACUGUGAUUGGCUCAUGACCAUUCUGCUUGGGUACAUGAACCAAUCAGAAGUGGAGAAGUAAAAGUGGUUAAUAAAAUGGUCUACAUUGUUGUUUGAUCCUUUUCAAGAGUGUUUUCAGGCAGUGGCCUUGGACAUCGAGAGAUGUUUUUAUUUAAUUUUUUCAAUCUUAUUUUAUAUGAAUUUAUAAAUAGCUAUUGAUAUGAUCAAGCAUUUCAGGUGUGGUUGAGCAGCGCAGGUGAUUCACAUGUCAAAUAUGAAGAUCAGAGCAUCUCCAAGUCAUGAAUACACUCGAAUAUACCCUGUAAAAAUUUUUUUUUUUUUUUAAAUAACCAAGACUGAGAUUUGUAUCCAGGUUGGGUUUUUAAGCAGUCGAAUAGGUGGGGAGGGAGACUUGUUUAAUUUUGAAUUAUGGUUGUGAUGACCACUCGGUGUUUUGAGUCCGUGUCUUUAGGACAAGACAAACCUCAGAGUCAGCCAGGUGAAGCCUAUGUAACACUCGCCUCAUAAGAUGUAGCAUCUGAAUACACAACACACAGGUGAGCACAUUUUUCUGGGAUAUAUUUUCAGUUACUUUGUAAAGUCUGUCUGUGGGAUGAUGUCUGCUUUGGUUUAUCAGUUCCUAUUGAAGAGACUCUGUCUAGUGCCCUUGUCUAGCUGACUAAGUAGAGAAGUUUGGUGACCAGAGAAGUGGGAAACCAGUGCACUUGGAUUGGAUAAUGGUUGAGCCAGUCAGUGAGUGACUGCUGUAGUUAUGAAUUAUAAAAUGCCUUUUUUAAUUUAAUUUUUACUUUUAAAAAUAUAUUGUGGAUAUUUUGCAAGCUUUGUGUUUCAGUGAUUCCUCAAAAUGUUGCAGGCUUUGGAUUGAAAUGUUUGUCCAGUCAGGUGGGAAAGAGUUUUGACAGCUGGUCAACUCCAUAUGAGAAUAAAACAAACAAACAAAAAAAAGCAGGAAAUAUUUGGCAUCUGGAUCAGUAUGUUAAUUAAGAAGGAAAAGGUGUACUGUAUAGUAUACUGUGUGAGAGUGAGUGUGUGUCUGUGUGGGUGAAUGUGGUUGAGCAUUGUUAAUAAACACUUUAUAAACUA